AUGCCGGGGCGGCUGGGCAACCCCCACGCAAUGGGAGGCCAGCUUCAGCCACGGCCGAGCAUUGCAGCAGGGGCAGCAGGAGCAGGAGGAGGAGGAGGAGGCGGGGCAGCGGGAGAUGCAUACGACAGUAGGCAGAGAGGACCACCGCAACAGGGGCACAUGGACGCAGCAGGAGCAACAUCAGCAGGAGGAGGGGGAAGCGCGGGCACCGGGGGAGGGAACGGGGCGGUCGGGGGAGGAGGAGCAGGAGGGGCGGCGGGAGGAGGAGGAGCAGGAGGGGGCGUGGACGGGGCGCUGAAGCAGCUAGCACACGCAAACGAGAAGGCUUGGGGCACGUUGGGUGGUGUGUCCAGAGCGAUGGAAAAUGAAGCACAGUCCAUGGAGUGCUACGAGCGGGCUCUGGUCCACAACCCUUACAGCCCUUCCGCGCUGGCUGGCCUGGGGGGCGUGUACAAGGCCCGUGGCGACUAUCGAAAGGUGCUGUCCAUUGUUGUGGGUAGGGCAGCGGCAGCAGACAGCAGGCAACGGCUGCCCAAAUCUUUUUGA